GCUGUGAUUCUCACUGUGCUGGUCCUGGAGAUUGGGCCUGUCUGAGGUUUUUAGUUUUCAUGAGAUUCCUCUCAGGGUUAUUUGCCUAUCUGGGACCUGAGUUCUCAUCUAAUUUCGUGGUAGGAAGUAUGUCAAGUUACCACCAUAUUUGGGUUUUAUUUUAAGAUGUUUUCAGGAACAGAUGAAAAGAAUUUUUUGAAGAGAGCAGAAGAUCUCUUCUCAAUAUGUCUUCAGAGAUCACUUAUGCUGAAGUGAAGUUCAAAAAUGAGUUCAAGUCCUCAGGCAGCAAAUCAGAGCCUUCUGCAGCUCCUAAAGAGAAGACCAGCUUUCACAAAAGUAACUCCCGUUUUCUCAAGCUACUUCUUGUCUCAUUGCUGAUAUUUCUGCUGCUAUUGGGAAUCUCAUUUUCUAUCGCUUUUGCCAUUUAUUUUCAAAAAUAUUCUCAGAGUCUUAUGGAAGAACAUGCUCAGAAUACAACAAAAGAAAUCAGGUACACGACAUUGGAAUGUAUGAAAGAAAAUUUUACCAGAAAAGCGCAAGUCUGGAGCUGCUGCCCAAAGGAUUGGACAUCAUUUGGAUCUUACUGCUAUAUUGUUCCUUCUAAAGCCAGAAAUUGGAAUGAGAGUGAGAAGCACUGCUCAGAAAUGCAUGCUCACCUGCUGGUGAUGAACACCAAGGAUGACAAGGAUUUUGUCACCCAGAAGCUGGAUAGGAAAAAUAGUUAUUAUAUAGGGCUGUCAGACCCAGAGGGGAAGAAACAUUGGCAGUGGGUUGAUCAGACUCCAUACAACGAAAGUCUCGCAUUCUGGCAUCCAGGUGAACCCAAUAAUCCUAGUGAGCGUUGUGCUAUGCUAAGUCAUUUGUCAAAUCGUUGGGGCUGGAAUAACAUCUAUUGUGAUCAAGCUCAGUUCGCAAUUUGCAAGACAAUGAAGAUCUACAUAUGAAUGGAACAUUCUUCAUGAACAUGCGGUUCAAUUGGUAGCCACCAUUAUAGAGAUAGCUAAUGUGCUUUUUCUAUUCAUGUGUAAGUCUUGUAAAAGGGAACUCCAUAGAAUUUUUCAGUAGGCUGUCACCUAUUCUACUUAUAGAAUCAUUGCACACAUUCAAUCAUUUAUUCUUUCAUGAAAUGAACAUAUAUUGAGCAUUUUCCAUGUGCAGAGAGUAUACUGGAGAGCCGUGUUGGAGACUAAAUGAAGGGAACAUGAGCCUCAUCUCCUAAUUUUUGUCUGAUUGCUAAGGGGUUAGAUAUGGAUAUAAUUAUAUGAUGUGGUUUCUCCAUCUGUCUGAAUUUUUCUUUUAUGGAUUGAUCAAAAGCAAAACAGUCCCAACCAUUACUUUACAUUCUUCUCAGGCAGAUUAAUUACCUUUAAUUGAAAGCAUAUAACGUAGCAGUUGGAAUAUAAUACACAUCAAUGGAAGAGAAGUUCCAGCUUUGGCCCAGUAGAUUGUUUGGGCUUUGUAACAUUCUCUGUUCAUUCUUGGGCUGUCAUUUAACAUCAGGGUACAAGGCAAAGGGAAAUCAGAGAUUGAGCAUUAGAAGUUUAGAAUUAGAGAAUUAGAAUUAGAAAUUAUUACUGGUCAGUUGACAUAGAUUUAUAUUCAUCAAGUAUUCUGGUAAUUUUUUUCUUUGCUUCAGUUUUAUAGUUUCUAUGUGUAGGCUGCCACUCAAAUGGCCCCUGGUUUAUUUGCAUUUCCGUUUUUACUAAAGUUCUUACAGAUCAUUUUCUUUCUACUACAGUAUAAAAUAUGUCAUAUUUACAAUAAAACCUGUAAUUCAUUGCCUUAGUAUGGGAAUUAUAAUUGAUUAUUAUAAAGCUGAUUCUCUCCAUGGCUAUCUCAAUGGGACCUGAGAUUUUGCCCUGAUUAUCUUGAUGCAACUGAGUAAUUAUAUUUGCCACUUAUUUCCUGACUAUAUCUAAAGAUGAGUUAUUUUUAUACAGAUCUGAUCUUAUCCACUAUAGGUAGAAUUUACCAGUGUACUUCCCAGAGAGCAACUUAUAUAAUAAUUCUGGGGGAACUUUAUUUACAAUGAGCUUUUCCCACUAUUAUUUCAAUAAUAUGGGGAUGGAAUGAAGGAAGGGCAAAAAGAGCCACUUCACUAAAUGCCUUUGAUUUUCAGAAUAGACAGUGUGCUUGAACUGGAGUGAAAUAGAGAAUGGUGAUAUUAGUCAGUGCUGGAACUUUUCUCUUCCCUUACAUUUUAUGAAUGUGGUUCAGAACUUAUUUUCUUUAAUUUUCCCUAGAGCACCAUUAAAUCAAGAUUGUGUGUAUCCAAUUAAUAGAAAGAAUUGUGAAAAAUAAUAAAAUUGUUUCAAGUCGUUAAGUUUUGAGGUAGCUUAUUAUUCAGCAACGUAUAACUGAAACACCUAUGAAUUGUAUUACAGUUUUGAGUCAAGUUUCUGCAAAAUAAUAAAAUAUAUUCAAUCAUA